AUGGAAUUAGUCAGACAACUCGCCGGUCUUUCGGUUUCACAUGUAAGACAAUUUCGCGAUGAUGAUUCCUACAUUGAUCGACUUAGUCAUCGAUAUACCACCACUCUCUGUGUUGUUUUUGCUAUUCUUGUUACCACAAAACAGUACGCGGGUGAUCCAAUCGACUGUUGGGUACCAGCUCAAUUCAAACCUUCAUAUGAGGCUUAUACAGAUAGUUAUUGUUGGAUUGCGAACACCUACUAUAUUCCAAUCGAUCAAGAAUUACCUGAUGAUGAACCAGGUCGACGAAACAAAGAUAUCCUCUACUAUCAGUGGGUGCCAUUUAUCUUAUUAUUUCAAGCAUUUCUAUUCUACUUUCCUCGCAUUGUAUGGCGCACGCUUAAUUUUCGAGCAGGCCUUGAUCUAGUCAAUCUUGUCGAUGCUGCAAUAAAAUACGAACAAGUUGAACAGUAUGAAUCACGAGAUCGAAUUAUGAGUUAUUUGAUUGUUAAUAUUGAACGUUAUAUAUCAGCACGUGCCCAACUGACUCGGCGACAUAUCGAAAAGCGCUUUUCGUGUCUUCGUCGAAUGUUUCGUAUGUGUUUCUUCUGUUCAAAUCGUCAUUACGGCAAUUAUCUUGUUAUCGUGUAUUUUCUUGUCAAACUAAUGUGGCUUGUUAAUGCCUUAGCACAAUUAUUUUUAUUAAAUGCUUUCCUAGGAAAUGAUUAUUAUUUAUUCGGAUUCGAAGUCAUUGAGAAAUUAUUAAAAAAUCAACGCUGGACAGAAAAUCGACAUUUUCCCAAAGUGACCUAUUGUGAUUUCAAAAUUCGAGAGAUUGGCAUCAAUCACUUUUAUACCGUUCAAUGUGUUUUGAGAAUAAAUCUAUUUAAUGAAGUCAUUUUUAUUAUUCAAUGGUUUUGGCUUAUAUCAAUCAGUGCUGCAACGGUCUAUGAUUUUCUCCUUUGGUUAUAUCACUGUACGAUUCCAAAUGAAAAGGUCCGUUUUAUUCGACGACACCUUGGAAUCAUGUCAUCGUUUCAUCCUCAAGAAGAACGACAAUUAGCACGCAAUUUCGUCCUACACUACUUAAAAGACGAUGGCGUUUUUGUCACACGUUUAUUAUCUGCUAAUAGCAGUGAUCUCGUUGUAACAGAAAUUAUUAAUCAACUAUGGAUCCGAUUCAAAACCACCAAUCAUCUCUAUCCGACUACGCAUAAUCAACAUCCGAAUUCCACUGAAAAUAAUAUCGAUACGAGUAUCUUCGGAACAAACGUUACCUAUCAGAAUGGUAAUACAUCAAACCUGAAUCAUCGACAACGACCAUCUCGCAUUCCACCACCUCCUUUACCACCAUUUGCGCGUCGACUAACUCAACAACUAUCAACUAAUGAUAAACCAGAAACUAUUUCCGACUCGAACAAAUCAGCGAAAGAUACUGAUGUGUAA